AUGAGUAUAUUCGAAAACGUCAGCUUGUCUACUGUGAGUAAAUAAAUUAGAAUUACUAACAACUAAUAUACCAAUUAUUAUUAAUAUAUCAAUGAGUGACUUAAAAACGAAUCUAACCGAAAUGAAUCACAUCGUCAUAUGUAUAAUUUACCUAUGUAACCAAAUAAAAAACUUUUUUUUUUUUAAAUUCUGUGUUAACCUACGUAUUAAUCCGGGUUUAUUAGGAAUACUUUAAAAAAAAUCUAAUCUUAUUUUAAUUUCAAACUCAAAAAUUUACAUAAAGAUGUUAAUUCUUAUUUAUUUUUAACCUUAAACAGAACCACGCACUUAUACAAAUUAUAGUUUAAAAAUUCGGAUUUUUCGCAUAAAGGGAAAGAUGCAGAUUUUCAACGCCCUCCAAAAAAUACCUAAAGUACACAAUUGUUAUAAACUCUGGAAUCUCAGAAAAAAAAAAUGAUGAUUUCGGAGAGUUGACGAUCAUAUAAUAUUGUAAAAUAAAAUAUUGAGAAUCGUUUUUAUAAUUUAUUCAACAUAUUUUACUUUUAUUUAUUAUAUAGGUGGAAAUGCUCCACAACAACGGAUACGCCUCCGAAGUCCACAAAGUUGUUACAAAAGAUGGUUACGUAUUAGAGUUGCAUCGUAUCCCCAGGAGUAAGUGCGGCCAAAAUCCCACUAGAAACCACCCGGUGUUUAUUCAUCAUGGCAUAUUGGGAAGUUCGGCCGAUUGGGUCCUCGGUGGGGCUGACAAAUCUUUACGUGAGUGUCCGAUUUGAAAAAAAACUCUCACCAUGACAAUAACACAAUCCUAAUUUCCGUAUAUGCCCAAAAUAUAAUAUAUAAUUUACAAUAUACAUAAUAUAGCUAUGCAACUUGCUGACGCUGGCUACGACGUGUGGAUGGCAAACUGUCGCGGUAACACCUACAGUAGAAAUCACGUGACAUUGAACUACCAUCAAAAAGCUUUUUGGAACUUUAGGUAAAAAAACAAUAUUACUAGUAGGUUUGUGUAAAUAUUUCGCCUUUCAAAAACAAACUAAACAGUAAACACAUAAAAUUCAUGAAGUUAAGUUUCCCCAGAAACGGAUUUUUGUUGUAUUAUUAUCAGGGUUUGGGACUUAUAGCAAUUGUAAUCAUCAAAAUAAGCGCUGAAAAAAGCACUUAAAAUAUUAAAAUAAGCAAAAAAAAGCACGCCCAAAAACUAUAAUCAUAAUUUUGUCUAUAUUAUAUUAUUUUUACAACUAAAACAUAAAACAAAAUCAUAUCGUUAAAAAAAAUUAAAAUACUUUUAGCCUUUUUCAGUUUUUAAAAAUAUUUUGACUCCUAUGUUAAUAUACUUCUUAUAGAUUUUCUUAAAAAUUAAUUUUAAUUUUUUUUUGAAAAUGCUUAUUGUGUCGAUCAUAUUUCAAUCUUCAUAUUAUAAUGUUUGUUUUAAUCUAUAAAUAAAUUGUAAAUCAAAUUAUAAAUGGUUUUUUCAUAAUACAUUGGUAUGUUGUAAUAUCAUUGUAUUUUGUUAGUCAUAUUAAUUGUACCGUCAUCGACCGUUCCGAUUAGGAGAUAAGCGAGCAAAUACGAGUCCUGGAAUUUAUUACAGGGAAUAUGAUACAAAAGGGAAAAAUUAUUUUCCAUUCUAGCUUUAUCGUGCAGAAAAAAGAAAAAAAAAUGAUCUUAAUGUCUAGGUUUUUGUCAGUGGCGCCCGUCAUAAUUAAGGAGAAAUAUGCAAAAAAGCAAAAACUAAUUAGAAAAACUUAAAAAAGCAAUUUGUUUAAAAACAAUUGAAAUAAACUAAAAAAAGCUUUCAAAUUUGAUAUUAUUAUAACAUGACAUGAGUUUUCCUAGCACUCUACUAGAUUUUAUCGAAACUUUUUUUUUUACAAUAACUUUAUUAAAAUGAAUUAUUUAAAAUCUUUACUAGGUGCACAAUAAGUACAAUUUUUAAAUACAAUAAUAAAAAACGGUGAGCGAAUUGUAGGCGCUUCACAUUAGAUACGCCUGAGCUUGACGUGUUAUUGGGAUGUAAGUUUCAAUGAUUGAGAAGAUCUCUAGGCCAUUUGCGUUUGGAGUGUCUUGCUGGGUUCCCUGGUAACUGAUUUGUAUGUAGUUGAGCGAUGAGACUGUUUGGGUGACCAGUCAUUUUGGAGUGGAGACGAGUGUAGUAUGUAGCAGCUGUUUGUUAGAUAGUAGCUAUUAGUUCGUUGUGUAAACUGGCGUUGAUAACUUACCACGGGGCGUUGACAGACAACCGUAGGCAUAUGGAUUGAAAUGCUUGGAUGGUUUUGAUGUUGGCUGGUUUGGCCGAACCCCAUAAGGCGAUACCAUAGGUUAAACUAAACUUUUGUAUAUUAGAAAGCGGUUAGAGGUAGAAAUUUUCGAUUUUAUCGAAACUUAUAGCAUUUGAUUAUUUUUUUGGCCUAAGUCCUGAAUCCUGGUUAUUAUUAUUAAGACGUUAAUCUAGGCAAACGCAUCGAGUAAAUCCAAUGUGCAAUAUUUGUAAUAAAAGGUUCAUCAGAAGCAGGAAACUUUAUCUUUAAAAUGGUACCUCAUUUUGAUUAAGUAUGAAUGGAGAAAAAGUGGUUUUACCAAAAAACACCUUAGAGAGAUAAUAUGCAAUAAGACUAUCCGUCCCACCCGGCUUUAUCCGGGCCACAAAAAAAAAAAAAAAACAAAUUAUCAUUAUGCUUUUACGGCUCUUACAUGAACUACCUUAUUAUUUAUUAUUUAUUUUGUUUGUUUUAAAGUUUUUAUAAAUUUCAUCCAAAAUAUAACCAAGUUAACCCAUAAAUCGACAGUACAAAUUUUAUUUUUGUUUCCAAAAUACCAAUAAUCCUGUAUCACUGUAUCAGGCCAUAUAAGAGUAAUAUACGGGAAGAGAAGUAAUCUAUAUGUUAUUUCUAGUAUAGAAUUACAUCUAUGCAAAGUUUAAGCUCAAUCCGUUCAUUAGUUUGGUCGAAAAGUGGUGACAGAGAUACAUCCAAAAAAACUUUUCGCAUUUAUAAUAUUAGUAGGAUAGGAUAGUAUUUUAAUUUUUUGUAUCCAUCCACGAACUUACAAAUCGUUUAUUUUUGAUUACCAACCUAAUAUAAUCAGUCAUCGGUAUUUUUCAGGUGCAUAAUUCAGAUAGUAUACCCUUUUGCUCGGGAGACUACACUUAAAGUUACGUUAGUUAUACCACAGAAAAUGUAUUAUGUUAUUUUUGAAAAUUUUGAAUUUUUUGGUAUUCUGCAAUAUAAUAAUUGUUCGAGUAAGGCAUUGAAACAAUGUAUUUUGGACAUAUACCUAUAAAACGUCACCACUAGUUCUGAUUUAUAAAAUGAAGGAUCAAAAUUGCGUCAACCUAUAUAAUUAUUAUUUUAUUUUAACUUAUGAUUUUAUAGCUUACAAGAAAUCGGAUUGUACGAUUUACCAGCGGCGUUCGACUACGUUCUAAUGGAAACAAAUACAACGCAACUCCAUUACAUUGGAUUUUCUAUGGGCACUUCGGUGUUUUUUAUAAUGGCUUCAGAAAGACCUGAAUAUCAAAAAAAAAUACGAUCGCAAAUCAGUCUCGCACCAGUGGCUUACUUGUCUAACACGAGAUCAUCUCUACGGUUUAUAGCACCCAUGGCAAAAAUGAUGAACGUAAGCACGACGACGAAUUUAAUACCAAAUAUAUUGAAAUUAAUGUUUAAAUGUUAAACAGUUUUACAUAAUAUUGUUUGAUACUAACCUUAAAAUUGGUUUACUAAAUUCAUUAUGUUUCUUGAAGUCUAAAGAUAAUUAUAUUGUAAGGAAAUUAAUAAAUGUGAUCUACAUCAAAAUCAUAUAAAAUUAUAAUUGAUUAGUUUCAUUUUAGAAUUUGAGUGUAGCAAAUAAGUUCUUAAUUUUAAUAAGAUGUGAGUUUUAUUUUUGUUCUCAAAAACAAUUUUUCGGUUAGUAAAAAUGUUCCAAUUUUUUCAUGUCAUACUUUAAGACACGAAUUUUUUGACUUGUUACGGUACUUUACUUGAAAUAGUUUUUUUCAAAUAAUUGCUUCUAAUAUUUUCAUUUUUGAAAACACUUUUUGAUUAGGAAAAUUCUUCAAUUUAAAAAUUUAAUUUAAUUCAUCAAAGUUUUUAAAAUUAAAUAAUUAUUGGAAAAUAUUAACGUAAUAAAAUAUAUUAUUUAUAAUAUUAGGAGUAAUGAAUAGGCAAAUCGUUCGUUAGUCUUUUAUAUUUUUCAUCUAAAGACGAUUUGUUUAAUUUUAGUUUGAUAUAAUGUUUUAAUAGUACAUGUUUCAAAGAAUGUCAAAAGGAAUGUUAAUGCCUCAAUCUAGGAUGCAAACAUUUUUGGCGUCUACUUUAUGCAGAGAAAGAUAUACACAGAAAUUGAUAUGCGAAAAGUGCAUUAUAUUUUCAGUAUGCGGUAGUGAUCCAUAUGAAUUUGACUCUGUAAUUAUUAUAUUAAUAUAUUAAUGAAUUUAUUAAUUUACAAUAUUUUUAUAUAUUAAUUUAUUUGUAAAUCAUUAUGCAUAUUUUAGUUUUUGAUGUAUAACUUUUCAUUGUAAUUUAGAAAUUAAUUCCUCUAAUCAUGGGACAUUUUCCGGCCGGGACAUCAUCUAAACUUACUGCGCACUUUGCGCAGUUUAUAUUAAAAGGUAAUAAAAUAUAAAUAGUUUUCUGUAAUAUGAAAUUAUUUUUUAUAUUAUUUGAGAUGGUGGUUUUAAAUCUUUUCGCCGUUCAUUUCAUUAUAGAUAGUUUUGGUCAGUUCGAUUAUGGUCCGACUUUGAACUUACUUCAUUACAACUCUACUGAACCCCCGACGUACAAUUUAAAAUCAAUCAAAGUUCCUAUAACAUUGAUUUACGGAAAAAACGAUAUAUUGGCCGACGUAAAAGUAAGUUUUUGCGAUUUUUACAACCAAGCUAUUUUACUGAAUCCACUUUUUUAUUUAAUUUUCACCAUUUUCUGUGCAUAGGACGUAAUGAGAUUAAAAGUUCAACUUCCACAACUUAUGGACGCUAUCCAAGUCAAUAGCCCGUAUUGUAACCACGUGGAUCUUUUAUGGAGCUUGAACGUCAAUGAGCAAGUAAACAAUCCGGUCAAGGAAAUACUACAAAAAACCGAUCGUAUGGACUGGUCGUAUUCAGGACCGAACCCUUCUGCUACAGUCGUUCAAGAAUCCAACAGUGUAGGAAAUCAUAGAAAUACUGAUAAAACUGUAAAUCUACUAUCAGAUCCGAAGAAUACCGUGCGACUCGUAACGGGUUUAGAUUUCUUCGCCGAAAAUUUAGACACAAUAAUUGCGAGCACCAUGCCUCAGUUAUUGAACGAGACCGAUGCAGCAGAUUUCGAACGGGAACAAGAACUGCAAAAGAUCCUGUUUGGAAACAUGAUCAAUUUUUUUAAAUCAACUGGCACGAAAUACGGUAAACUUCGGGAAGAUUUUACCAACGAGAUAACUGAUUGGACCGAUGAUAUGACGACUGGUGUGUUGACCGAAGUAGCCAACACCCAAAACAUAGUAGAAACUCACAUACAAAAUACGCAAAUCAUGAUAGACAACCAAGUAAACGUGGUCGUAGACGCCGUCUCCAAAACUGAAAAUAUAGUGGUCAGUAGUGCUAAUGUAGCUGAAAAUGUUAUCGUGGACGGGAUCAGUAAGACCAAAAAUACCGUUACAAGCAGCGUCGAUAAGGCUGAAAAUUUCAUAGUCAACGGUGUCAGAAACGCAGAAAAUUUGGUAGUCACCGGUGUUGGUAAAGCUGAACAUUUCGUAGUCACCGGGGUCGGUAAAGCUGAAAAUUUUGUCACCAACGGUGUUAACAAAGCCGAACAAUCUGUCGUGGAUGGUAUGGUCAAAGCCGAAAACUUAGUCAAUUCCGGCUUAAAUAAAGCCAAUCAAGCCGUGGGCAGUACCUUGGACACCACAUUUAGAAGUUUAAACAAGGCGUUUUGGUUUUUGAAAUAA